UUGUUCAUGUUUGCAUUUCAAAUUAUUUUCUUUUGUCAGACAUGUUCUGACAAAAAUAAUGAUAUAUAUGCCCAAAAUUUGAGCUUGUUUUUCUUUUCUUCUUAUAUUUGGAUCUUGAAUGUUAUAAACUUUCCCUCCCCACUUCUUUCAUCUCUCUCUUCUCUCUCUUUCUCAUUACUAUAAUUUGAAUUUUAUGCUUUGCUACUUCUGCUGUAAAAUUUUUGAUACUUUCUAGCAUUUGAACUUUUUGCCUUUCUGCUCUUUUGUAUACCUUUUGCUUAAAUAGGGCCCAGCCAGCCUUUUCUUUUGGUUUUCAUUUUACUUUUCCAUGUUAAAACAUUUCUUUUUUAUUUUUAUUUUUAUUUUUUUACUUUUUUAUAUUUGUAAUUUUUGCUUUAUAAACUGGAUGUUUUUGUUUUCUUAUGAUUUUUGUAAAUGUGAUUCAGAAUUGGCAUUGCUAAUUGCUUGAUUUUCGUUUAUAGCAGAUUAGGGCUAUAAAAAGGCAUAUUUUUUGAAGGAAGUUGUUAGUGGGAUCGUUGAUACAGAAGCAUACUUCUGUAUCCUAUUGAAGAUAAUAGCAUUGAAGAGAUUCUCCAAAUGCUAAAUUUUGGCAGGGCCAGAAAUCAGCAAAGGACAAACAGAUCUAUGCCGCUUGGAGGCUUGGACUACGCAGACCCGAAAAGGAAGAGUAAUGUUGUGGGGAAGAUUAUUUUGGCUGCUGCCCUCACAGCCUUAUGCAUUAUUAUGCUCAAGCAAUCCCCAACAUUUAAUACCCCAAGCCCUUUCUCUCUGCAUGAAGAUGGGGUGGUUCAUGUCCUAGUGACUGGUGGAGCUGGCUACAUCGGUUCACAUGCUUCAUUGCGACUUCUGAAGGAUGGAUACCGUGUUACCAUAGUGGAUAACCUUUCACGGGGAAACCUAGGUGCUGUAAAGGUUCUACAAGAAUUAUUUCCAGAACCUGGGAGGCUUCAGUUCAUAUACGCUGACUUGGGCAAUUCAAAAUCCGUUAAUAAAAUAUUUUCAGAAAACGCAUUUGAUGCUGUGAUGCACUUUGCUGCUGUUGCAUAUGUUGGGGAAAGCACUAUGGAUCCUCUUAAGUACUAUCACAACAUUACAUCAAACACCUUGGUGGUAUUGGAGUCAAUGGCUGCACAUGAUGUUAAGACUUUAAUAUAUUCAAGCACAUGUGCAACAUACGGGGAACCUGAGAAGAUGCCUAUUACUGAAGAUACUGCACAGGUCCCAAUUAAUCCAUAUGGAAAAGCUAAGAAGAUGGCAGAGGAUAUCAUUCUUGAUUUUUCUAAAAAUUCUGACAUGGCAGUUAUGAUACUAAGAUACUUCAAUGUAAUUGGUUCAGAUCCAGAAGGCAGACUUGGUGAGGCUCCCAGACCUGAACUGCGAGAACAUGGACGUAUAUCUGGUGCUUGUUUUGAUGCAGCUCGUGGCAUUAUUUCUGGGCUGAAGGUUAAAGGAACAGACUAUAAGACACAUGAUGGUACUUGUAUUAGAGAUUAUAUUGAUGUUACUGAUCUUGUCGAUGCUCAUGUGAAAGCUCUUGAAAAGGCAAUGCCUGGUAAAGUUGGUAUCUACAAUGUUGGUACUGGAAAAGGUAGAUCUGUCAAUGAAUUUGUGGAGGCAUGUAAGAAGGCAACUGGUGUGGACAUCAAAGUCGACUAUUUACCUCGUCGACCUGGUGACUAUGCUGAAGUUUAUAGUGACCCUACUAAGAUCAGGGUCGAGCUGAACUGGACAGCGCAACACACCGAUCUCCAAGAGAGCUUACAGGUAGCAUGGAGAUGGCAAAAGGCACAUCGGAACGGGUAUGGAUCCCCUCUGGUGAUGGCUUCUUGAAACAUUUUGAGAGCAGUUCAUAGCAGAAAUUUGACCUCUUAGACCCCCAAACAGCACAUUGACAUUCAGCUGUGCUUCUAGUCUCUUGGAAGUGAGUGGGGGUUCAAAGAUUAAUUUUUUCUUUUCUUUUCCCUCUCUUUUCACUAUCUAAUAUAAUACAGUGGUAGGAGUAGCCAAUUCAUUAUAUGUAUUGAACAGAUAAUAGCUUAAUAAUAUGAUGAAUGCCCAUUUGCUGUGGCGCAGGUAUAGUUUCUUUCUUCUCA